UUUGCAUCGGGCUGCGGACUCGUGUGCGGCUAUGAAAUUUACUUUUCUUACUUACACGCCCAAAUUCCUCCUCACGCGCCAACGUUAAUCGAACGACACCGACGUGAGCAGUCAAGUUGACACGAUUAAGGGGAGCUUCCGGUGGCCUCCGCCAUGUUUCUUUACAUAGUCGCGUCAGUAGUUGUCGUGUCACUGCUGCUCCUGAAGUUUCUACCUUCUAUUACUCCCAAACCUCUGACACUCGACAAGGCCCAUGUCUUGGUAACUGGAGGGUCCAGUGGAAUUGGAAAAAGUGUAGCCAUAGAAUGUGUCAAGAAAGGAGCGUCCAUCACGCUGCUAGCACGCGACCAGGCGAAACUGCUCCAAGCUAAGCAGGAAGUUGAAAAACAUGCAGUCAGAGCAGAUCAGACAGUGCUGUGCAUCUCGGCGGACGUGUCACGUGACUAUGAUGAAGUUGAGCGUGCCAUCAAGCAGGCUCAAGAGCAGCAGGGGCCUGUCGACAUGCUGGUCAACUGUGCCGGGGUGUCAGUGUCUGGAAAGUUUGAGGAAAUGGAUGUCAACUGUUUUAAAAGGCAAAUGGAGAUCAACUAUCUGGGCAGUUUCUAUCCGACACGUGCCGUGAUGACCUCCAUGAAGGAGCGGAGAAAAGGUCGGGUGGUGUUCGUGUCCUCCCAGGCCGGGCAGAUCGGCUUGUUCGGCUACACCGCGUACUCCCCGUCCAAGUUUGCCCUUCGUGGCCUGGCAGAGGCGCUGCAGAUGGAGGUGAAGCCAUACAACAUCUACGUGACGGUGGCGUACCCACCUGACACCGACACCCCCGGCCUGGCUGAAGAGAAUAAGUCAAAGCCUCUUGAAACCACCUUAAUAUCUGAAACGUCGGGCGUUUGUCAACCGAGCGACGUGGCCAGAAUCAUCGUCCGGGACGCGCUGCAGGGGAAGUUCAGCAGCUCCGUGGGCCUGGAAGGGUUCAUGCUCUCCGCUCUCACCUGUGGGAUGUCUCCCGUCACGUCCUUCACGCAGGCUCUGCAGCAGAUCUUCUCCAUGGGGAUAUUUCGCGCCAUCGCGCUCGGCCACCUGCUCUACUUUGACAGGGUUGUGCACCGCUGCAUGGUGGAGAGAGAGCGGACGAAGGCGGCGGAUAAAAAGGACUAACCUGAAACAAGUGACGGGAGCUUCAGAGAGGCUCCUGCACCGGCCUUUACGAACGUCUGUUACUUUGUCAACGAUUAGUAAUGGCUCAAACAAUAAUGGUUCAUGUCAAAAGUGCUGGUGUCGUGGGGUGACACGAGCACGUGGUCGCGCUCCUUUAAGACUUGUAUUUCUAGUUAGAAAAUACCAGCUAGAAAAUACCAUCUAGUUUGACACCCCUGAAUUACUGGGUCAAACAUUACAUUUUCACCCUCAAGAUUUACUGCAUUGCUGUAAAUUUUCAAACUGAAUGAGGAGAAAAACAACUCACUUGGAUAUGUGUUAAAAAAUGCCAACAGUCCAGGGCGUUAAAUCCAGUCCAGGUUUUCCAGCUGAUUCCGGUUCUGAGAGUCUGCUACUUGUAUGUAUAUUUUUAUUCACUAUGUUAAUUUCCUCACUUAACUUGCUCAUUCAGAAUUAAAUAAGGCCGUAAUUGUGUCACUUGAGGACGGACUGUGCUGCAAACGUCUUCAACAACAUGCAUUCGAACUUUACAGUGACGUUAUGACAUUGAAAAAUGAUACUUUGUCUCCCCACUUUUACACUGAAUGAAUGAAUGAAGAUGCUGAUGAGUGAACACAUGGGAUGUGUGUGACAUUAUUUACAAAGUGUGUGUGGAUGGUCCUUGGUCCUGAUGUGCUGUUUCUGUCCGCCUGACUGAACUAAACCAUUAAGGGAAGAGUUGCAGCUCAUAUUUGUCACUAACUCUCAUCCAUCUAGGCGAGUUGUCUGUCAGUUUAAAGCAACGUGGAUAAUAAAAGCACCUCAUUUGACCUAUCCACCAAAGCCAAACAUUAAAUAUGACCUUCUCAUUGUCGGUACCAAAGUUGUAGCUGAGCUGUGUUUGAGGGACGCGCUGCCUCCGCUGAGCAUCUCUUAACCUUGAUCCACUGAACAAACAUUCAGUAAAUAUUUGCUUUAAAAUCACCUUCUGUGCCUUCAGCUGGAGAAGAUCCACUCUAUUUUACUCACGAAUAAAAUUGUUUUUUCCCCCUCCAACACAUGGAAUUUAAUUUUUAAAAUUGAGUUAAAGGAAACUUGAUUGAAUAAAUAAUAUGCAAACUAUUUGAGUAGGGGCUUUAAAAAAUAGAGAAAAUAUAGAAGAUUUGACUCUAUAUUUGACCCUCUAUUGCUCCAAGAUUCCGAUUUAUUUGUACCUGUAAUAUUCUAAAUAUUAGAGUCAUUAUUCCCAAAUGUAACCCAUAGUUUACGUCUAAUAUCAGAUUUAUUCUUUGAAAUAAAAUGUCGUGUUUAUUCACUUGUUUGUAUGUACGCUGAAUAUUGUUUUUUGUGUGUGAUCGCUAAAAUAUUAUGCCUAUUAUUUAUUUGAUUUUAAUACAGCGACUUAAUUUUGAUAUUUAAUCGUUAUGAGAACAAUCAUUAUUUUCUUUUUUCUAUACGCGUAGUUUUGUGGUUCGUCCGAGUUGCGAUCUAUUAACUCACCACUAGAUGUCGUCUUGUCCAUUUCAGUGUGGUCGGUGUGUUUUGAAAAGGCCUGCUCCGUGUCUCAUACUUGUGGCAUUACGGGAUGGUUUUGGUCAUCUGAAUAUGCUGUUCUAGCCGGGAGGAGACCUUCAUGUUCCGUGAAGGGACUUUCCAGAUCUCCUUUCUUGCUGCUUCUAGCGACAUACAUGACUUUUUAAUUCAAAGAUGUCGCAAUUACUGGAAGUUUGUGUGACGGAAUGUUGUCAAACUUUAACCCCAUGACUCAACAAGACUCCAACUAUUCAACUGGUAUCACCGCGUUCCGCCUUCUCUCACUUUCCUACCGACAAAAGCCAAAGAGUUUAAAGUAUUCCAGCACUAAAGCUGGAGCUGGAAUUCAAUAGUGUGCUUCCCUGCCAGAGAAAGUAGUUCCAAACGCUUGCGUUCGAAGGUGAAAUAGUGUGUGAAGAAUGUGAAUGUUUUGCUCCAGCUCUGUGUGGGUGGGUGUGUGCGCGUGGGCGUUAUGGUAUGGGUGUGUUGCUGCUCACGUGCAGGUGCAUUUCAGUACGUGUUUGUUUGCACCUGGACGAGUUUUUUUUUCCUUUUAAGUCUGUGAUGAAGCAUAGUUGUUUUAGUGUGUGCAUAUAUGCAUGUCUGCGCUGAUAUGCUGUGGGUUUGUAUACUGCACUGUGGGUCUAGUGUGAGUUUUUAAGUCAAUACGGCGUUUUUGCAUGUGUGUUUAGUGUGGUUUUUGCGUGAUAUCUUUGGUUUUAGUGUGUAUUUGUAGGUUUGGUGUGUUUCACUGGUUUAUGUUUGCAUGUUUCGACUUUUUGUGUCGCUGCCGCAUUUGUUUGUAUGUUUUGAUGUGUGGAUCCAGUUUGUUUUCUGUGUUUUGCUGGUUUAUGUUUGCAUGUUUUGGCUUGUUUUUUUUUUGUGUUUGUCUCGCAUUUGUUUAUAUGUUUUGGUGUGUGUGUCUGUGUGGCUCCACUUUGUUUUUUGUGUUUCGCUGGUUUAUGUUUGCAUGUUUCGGCUUGGUUUUUUUGUGUUUGUCUCGCAUUUGUUUAUAUGUUUUGGUGUGUGUGUGUGGAUCCACUUUGUUUUCUGUGUUUCGCUGGUUUAUGUCUGCAUGUUUUGGCUUGUUUUUUUGUGUUUGUCUCGCAUUUGUUUGUAUGUUUUGGUGUGUGUGUCUGUGUGGAUCCACUUUGUUUUCUGUGUUUCGCUGGUUUAUGUUUGCAUGUUUUGGCUUGUUUUUUUUGUGUUUGUCUCGCAUCUGUUUAUAUGUUUUGGUGUGCGUGUGUCUGUGUGGCUCCACUUUGUUUUCUGUGUUUCGCUGGUUUAUGUUUGCAUGUUUCGGCUUGUUUUUUUUUUUGUGUUUGUCUCGCAUUUGUUUAUAUGUUUUGGUGUGUGUAUGAGUACUUGUAUUUAUAUCUCUGUGAGAACCUGUUUGAGUUAUGAAUUAACAUAGUGAGGAGAUUUUGGCCGGUCCUCACUUUGUCGAGCCUCAGUUUGAGGGAUGAAACUACAAAAUAGCUGGGUUACUAUAGCUGGGUUUUAGUUUGGUUAAGAGUAAAGGUUAAGUUUAGCCAUUUGUUUUAGAUGGCUAAGUUUGGGGGGGAUAUGCAAUGUGAUGGUACUCACUAAGAUAGGAAAAAAAGAGGUGGGUGUGUGGGGUGAGUUUGGU